CCUAUUUGCCGUAGUUGAAGCCGAGUAAAACUAUGGCGGCUGUCAUCUGACUCAAAACUUUUGACGUGAUAAACUUUUGGAUGUGGUAUGUCUUUAACCGUCCAGUCUUCCGGAUGUUGGAUGCUUUAUGCUCUUAAUUUUAAAAUCACAGACACCAGAUAAAAACACACCAUUUUCUAUUAAUGGUUCGCAUUUUUUACCCGGCAAAGAUGUGAUGGUUAGCGCUGUGAGCUAACGCCAACUACCGUGAAGCUAGCUAGCCACUUUGAACAACUUACAGCAGUCCUCAAUCCGCAUACAUCUCGUUAAUGUAGAUGCCAUCGCUUAGGUCGUGCUUAUAACUCAACCGAGUGCCUGCUGUUGAUGCUGGACAUUUUGUCGUCGGCAGCAAAAUGUGUCGUUUUCUACGCUACUGUGUCAGUCACUGUCUGCAUGCGGCAAUGACCAGACUGGAGGAGGUCAAUGGAGAGGUUAGUAUGUGGUCCUCUGUCCGGUUCCUGGGCUACUUGUCCGGCCUCAACCUGCUGCUCGCCCUGUGUCUGGGGCUCUACGUGCGGUGGGAGAACACGGAGGAGUCCACCAUUCUCGUCGCCUUUGUUUUGGCUCUGUUUGUCCUCGGAAUAGCAAGUAUACUUUACUACUACUUCAACAUGGAGAAAGUGAGCCUGAGCCUCCUCCACCUGUGGCUCGGCUUUUUGCUGGGUCUGCUUUGUUUCCUCAACAGCCCUGCGCUCAAAAACGACGUCAAAGAGCAGGCGACUAACUAUAUGCUGCUGGCCAGUAUUGCUUUAAGGACGCUGUGGGCCCUUCUGGAGAGAGUGUGUGGAUGCACCAGAUACCGAGCCGCCUUUCUCACCUCAGCAGAGUUCCUGGAGCUGGCAGGUUUCGCCAUCUCCAGCACUGUGCUGCUCAUUCAGAAAUCAGUGAGUGUGAUGGUGCUGGUGAUGGCCCUGGCCACAAUCAUAGUUGCCCUGCGGGUGAAAGCUCUCCUGGCUCUGCCCAACUUGGUCUGCUUUGCUGUCAUCACCGCCGUGCUGUUCUUCAGAUCCCUGGAUAUCAACACCAACCCGUUUGCCCUCGCCUGCUUCUUCAGCCAGCUCAUCUGUGACCCCCUGCUUGAUGUCUACUUCAGUGGUCUGUCGGUGACAGAGUGCUGGCAGCCUUUUCUGCUCUGGAGGGGCUUGUGGCGUAAGCUCACCCUGUUGCCUGUCCUGGUGGUGGAGCUGAUCUUCGUCAUCAUCGCAGCUCGGAAGCUGGCAGACCUGGACCGCUGGUACCUAACAAUCCCAGGGUUCCUGGUGUUUGGCCUCUUUUGGGUCAUUUCCCACAUGGCGUUUGUCAUCACAGUGUGGGGUUUUCACACCAAACUCAGCGACUGCCAGAGGGUGUGCCUGUCUUCGGGAGUUGGGAACCUGGACAAAGUCAUGGCCUCCAAGGGUAUGAGGCACUACUGCCUCAUCUCUGACCGUCUAGUGAGCUGCACGCUGGUGUCAUCUAUAGUCCUUGUUGCACUUUCAUGGCAGGUAGAGACAGCCUCCAGCAGUAUCUUCAUGAGCACGUUUCUACUGGUGCUGCCUCUGGAGUCUCUGUUCCAUGGGCUUUUCCACGAGCUGGGAAACUGCCUGGGAGGGACCUGUGUGGGCUACGCACUGGUCAUCCCCACCAACUACUGCAGUCCAGACGGGCAGCCCCUGCUGCUUCCUCCAGACCAGGUGCAGGAGUUGAACUUGCGUUCCACCGGCAUGCUGAACAAUGUGCAGCGUUUCUUCGCCCACCACCUCAUUGAGCCAUUUGGCUGCGACUAUUCCACCAGUGGCGUGACUCUGGAGGCCCUGCAGGCCAAGGUCAAAUCCUUCAUGGAGCUCCGCACUGCUGACGGCCCCCGUUACGACACCUAUAUUAUCUUCUACAGCGGUCACACCCAUCGCUCAGGAGAGUGGGCAUUGACAGGAGGCGACACUCUUCGCCUGGAGGAGAUCGUGGAUUGGUGGAGGGAGAAGAACGGCAGGUUCUGUUCCCGCCUCAUCCUUGUGCUGGACUGUGAGAACUCCCUGCCAUGGGUGAGAGAGGUCAGGAACGUGGAAGGCGUGUACAUGGCUGUGCAGGGUGCAGAGCUUGCCCGGGUGACUGACAUCGAGCUGCAGGACAGACCCCAGCUCGGGGACUUCACCUCGCAGUGGGUGGAGUAUAACUGCAACACCAACAGUGACAUCCAGUGGUCUGAGAAGGGCAGGGCAGUCUCCGCCGCCUACGGCAUCUCCAAACACUGGAGUGACUACACGCUGCACCUGCCCACAGAGAGUGACGUCACCAAGCACUGGAGGACGUACUUCCCCAGUGUGGCCUCCCCGGUGGUCCAGCUAGCCGUCCAGUCUGAGGGCCCAAACCAGCACGGGCUCUGCAGCGUCUGCUUAAGAUGCAUCCGGAGAAUCAAACUCAACUGGUUCCCACCUGCUAUACUGGACACCGGCCAGGGCUUCAAGCUGGUCAGAUCUUAGAAAAUAAGUGAAGGCUUUGAGUAUAAAAUGUAUUUCACAGAGAUUGAGAAUAUUUUCUAAAAGUUUUUAUUAUUGUUAUCUUGGUUGUAUACUGUUAUACUUGUUUGGAGCCUGAGCAGAGGCAGCUAUUGCUAACCAAUGCACAGUGAGUACUGGCUACAGAUGAAGCUGAUCAGUUUCUGAUAUGUGCAUUUUGAAAUAUUGCCUUUUACUACCAGUUUUUAUAUUCUUUGCCAUUUGUUCUGUGUCGCUUUGUUUUUAAAUUUGAUUUAGACAUCUAGUGAUCGGGAUGGGACGGCCUCACAUUUACAGCCGAUAUUUUGCACACAACUUUUUAACUGUAUUUACUGAUUUCCACCUUGAAUUUACAUGCGCAUUGUGCCUUUGAAAAUCACCAAAGAACCAAAGGCUACCAAGGCUGAUGUUGUUUUCCUUAAACCAAAAU